AUUCAUAUCGGUGUUUUUUAUAUGUUGUUUAUUUUUAAACGGUGCAAAAGAUGCAGUAUAAAAUCACCCUGACAACAGAAAUUUUGUUGACUUGGAUCCUCGCCUUCAACCCGCAACUCAGCGCUGAACCUGCUCUCAGAUAAACCCUUCACUUUUACUCAUUUAUCUCUGGAGAGGAGGAAAGUACUCCGUAGAGGUGAUGUUCACUCGGAGUAAAAGACGCCGGGAAACGUCCAAUCGCCGUUAAGCGAAUUCCCAUUGAAACAGUGAAGCGCACUGCUCAGAACCUUCCUCUGGAAGUGGUUCUCAUGCAGAUGGUGGGCCGAGACCAGUCCGUUCCUGAGGAAACCUCCAGCUUUUCAGUGGAGCUGCUGGACUGGUCGGAGCAGCAGCAAAAGCUGGUGCUGGUAAUGGAGCGUCCAUUACCCUGCUCCGACCUCUUCGACUACAUCGAGGAGAGGGGAUGCCUGCAGGAGCAGGAAGCAAAGGUACUCCUGAGGCAGCUGGUGGAGGGCAUGAUUCAGGUCCACACCAGAGGAGUCCUGCACCGCGACCUGAAGCCGGAAAACCUCUUGGUUCAGACGGGCGCUGAGGGACCACUCCUGCGCCUCAUGGACUUCGGCUGUGGCUGCCUUAUAGGAGAAGACUCCUACACUGAAUUUGAUGGAACAACUCAGUACAUUCCCCCUGAGUUUUUUACCCAGGGGUCCUACCAGGCUGAGCCCACCACAGUUUGGCAGAUCGGUGUCAUUCUUUACAACAUGCUGUGUGGAAAGUGCCCUUUCACCGACUCCAAACAGAUCAUCGGGAAGACGCUCUACACGCCUCCCCGCCUGUCCUUCCAGUGUAAGAAAUUGCUAAGGAGACUGUUGUCGAAGUGCCCACAGCGAAGACCCUCGCUCCGUCAUCUCCUACAGAAUCCCUGGCUAAGUUUACCUGAUAACACACACACAUAGACACAUACAUUAGUCCACAUGCACACAUAAACACCCUUACUUUACCACAGGGUGUUUUCAUAAGAUUGUAAAAAUGUAUUUUGAUUAACAUUUAAAUUUAUUACCAACUUUAAAACAGGUACAAUCUUUUGAUUGUGAUCAUCUUUUUACACAAUGUUGUUAUCUCUUAUAUCUUUCUCUUUGUGCUUAAUAACAUUAUUAUAUUUUAUGGA